CGACGGCAACCUCGAUCUGCGAGGAAUGACGGUCUCUCGUCCUUAGGUUCCGUUGGGAUUACGUGGAACGAAACCUGAACAAUCUGGAGAACUUCAAGCUACUGAUGGAAAAAGGGAGUCGAGCGACCCGACUGAGGCCCGUGUUCCCAUCCGAAGGCUACCCUGCCUGGACCACCAUAUCCACCGGAGUGUGGCCGGAGGACCACGGGAUCAUCGGGGACAACUUCCACGAUCGUUCCGGGACGGGAGGUUCCAACAGGAAUUUCGAGAGGCUGAACAACAGACUGACGGGGUUCGAACACUGGUGGCAGAACGCCGAGCCGAUAUGGGUCACGGCCGCCAACCACAAGAGAUCCACGGCCCUCUACUUGUGGAGUCGAUGCGACGUGGCUUACAGGAAAAAUCGAGCCGCUAAAUGCAUUCCGUACGACGAUGCGCAGAGUCGGGACAUGUCCUCCUUGGAACAGCAUCUGAAACCCGCCCUGACCGGCUUCGAACGAGGAGAAGUGGAUCUCGCCAUGGUGUACAACGGGCACGUGGAAGACGUGGGGGUGAAAUUCGGUCCGGAUUCGGCACAGAUGCAGCAGGCGGUGAGAAACGUGGACCGCAUCCUCGGGACCCUCUGUCGGCACAUCGAGAAUACCCCCAGUCUCAACGAAUCGUUGAACCUGAUCGUGGUCGGCGAUCACGGGAUGGCGAGCCUCGAGAAGAUGAAGAAGGUGAUCGUGGAAGACGAGAUCCCGAAAUCCGAGGUCAAGUUCUUCGUCGGACGAGGGGGAUACAUGAACAUCCUUCCGGAGGUGAAUCGCCAAGAUCAGGUAGGUGGAAUCCGUGCGUCUGGAAGGAGGGUGACGAACGCGAGGAUCGAAGUGACCCCCGACGUCUUUCUGCAGCUCUUGCGUUUACUGAAGAAGCUGCCAGGGGUGGAGGUGAUGAAAAAAGCGGAGAUCCCCGAUCGACUCCACGUCAAGAAAUCCCCGCUCUUCCUCGACGUCCUCGUCCUCGCCAAUCAAGGGAGACGUCUGGCUUCCUUGCGAUGUCCCGAGAAAAAGCGUCUCGGCUGGACGUUUCGAUCAUCCACGGUCGAAUCUCGACUCUGUGAUCACCGAGCAGAAGCGUCCGAAAUCUUCUGGGUUAGGAACAAGAGGGUGGGUUUGUGGGGACGGGAGAAGAGUCGAUCCCUUGCGUCCAAAAAGACGCCGAAACGGAAGGCAUUUCCAUUUCGUGAGGAAAAACUGAGGGCGGCGUCCAUCAUCGCUCCGUUCAGUCGGUCACGUUUUGUCGUCCCUGGGACGUAUCUGACCGGGGUAUCAGACCACAGGCAAAUAGCACGAGGACCUGAAGUAUCCGCACCUACGCCUGGUGUCUAUGGCUACGAUCCCCAAUUCAACGACAUGGCUACCAUCUUCUUUGGACUAGGACCUGGCUUCAAAGCCGGGGAGGAGGUGAGCGACAUGGAGAUGGUGGACGUGUAUGCUGUAGUCAUGCAUCUGCUGGAGAUGGAAAGUCCUCGAAAGAACAUGACGACCACGGAUGAGGAAAUGGGAUGGCAGAGGAUUCGACCUCUCCUCACCAAUUCGGCUUGUCAAAUUGCGACCACUUCGUCCGUUCUUCUCACCUUCCUCACGGCUUUCCUCCUCGGACGAGGCAGCCCUCAUCACUAGCCCACUCGAACACCGGCAUGCUCGAGAUCUCAACCAACUUACAGAAGGCGGCCUCUCCUAAAGUUCAUGCAAACGUGUUUCUCCUGUGAAUGUGUGACUAUUCCUGAAAGUGUAUGGAGAUGCGAGAGAGAGAGAGAGAGAGAGAGAGAAAGAGAGAGAGAGAUGCUGUUUCCAAACCAUUCUUCAUAGCUUAAUCUUCGAAUCUCCCCGUGGAUAUAGAGGCUGAAUUUGCGUAGAUAUGACUGGGAAGUGUCGUGCGUACAAUAACGUCUUGUAUACCGUAUGGAUUCAUAUAGUGCGUUCAAUGUCUGCACCCCUUCACAAUGGAUUUGUGUGAUGAGUGCUUCCGCCUCACGUCUGGCCUCAGUGCAUUUAAACCUGAUGGCUCUAUUAGUUUCCCGGGGGAUUUUUUUUUUCGACAGAAAAAGCUUAGAUUUUCGCUCAUCCCUCCCUCUUCGGCCAUUACAACAGCCACCAAAAAAUGGGAAUCCAUGAGGACUUCCAGAAUUCCUACAUGCCCUCCAUACAGGAAGAGGCACAGUGCAUCACUCACGAGUUGAUAAAGAUUCUUCCAUCCGUGACUGACGAGGAUUUGCCUCUACCUCAGGGUUCCUCUCUCAUCCUCAAUCCUCAACUGUGUUGUAACAGUCUGAGCACUAUGGACAUUCUUUCUCUCUUAGUAACUAUUAGAAUAGGCUGUGAGAAGAGAGAUUGCUGUGGUGUGCCCAACUUACAACGUAGGUCGAGGAAUCCAAGGAUGAUCAUUGAUCCUAUUCAAGCAUAACCGGUGACUGUCAUUUCUGACUGCCUCUGCAUUUCUCCUGGUGGGAUGCCGUGAUGAUCCCAGUACGAUGUAUUCGCCCUUUUUUUUCCACGUUCGAAUAAAGUUGCGCUUCACGUGGAAGUCCAAUUGCAGCGCAGACAUUGUAUCGCUUCCAGUCGGCACAACAACAUUAUGUCAACGUUGAGCAAGGAUUGAUUUUCCAGCGUAGCAAUGUUGCCACAAAGUUGUGUAAAAGGUCGAUUAAGUGUUACAAUAAUAUUGAAACGAAACACAGUUCUACAUUGG